CCCGCAGCGCCGGCAGGAGCGGAGCGCAGCGCAGCGCAGCGCGGCGAGGCGCACUCGGUGGGAGCGGCCCGCCAGCGGACGGGCCCGGCGGCUGGACCGGUGCCGCUGCUGUCCUGCUCGCUCUCCGCCGCCGCCCAUGAGCGCGGCGCCGCGCGGCCCGGGUCCGUAGGCGGCGGGGCGCCCCCCCCCAUGCUGCUGCAGCCCGCGCCGUGCGCCCCGAGCGCGGGCUUCCCGCGGCCCCCGGCCGCCUCCAGCGCCAUGCACGGCUCGCAGAAGGACACCACGUUCACCAAGAUCUUCGUGGGCGGCCUGCCCUACCACACCACCGACGCCUCGCUCAGGAAGUAUUUCGAGGGCUUCGGGGACAUCGAGGAGGCCGUGGUCAUCACCGACCGCCAGACGGGCAAGUCUCGCGGCUACGGCUUCGUGACCAUGGCCGACCGGGCGGCGGCAGAGAGAGCUUGCAAAGACCCGAACCCCAACAUCGAUGGCCGCAAGGCCAACGUGAACCUGGCGUAUCUGGGUGCCAAGCCGAGGAGCCUCCAGACGGGCUUUGCCAUUGGAGUACAGCAGCUGCACCCCACUUUGAUCCAACGGACUUACGGGCUGACCCCCCACUACAUCUAUCCACAAGCCAUCGUCCAGCCCAGCGUGGUGAUCCCGGCCGCCCCGGUCCCGUCGCUGUCCUCCCCCUACAUCGAAUACACGCCAGCCAGCCCGGCCUACGCCCAGUACCCGCCGGCCACUUUUGACCAGUACCCUUACGCCGCCUCGCCCGCCACGGCCGCCAGCUUCGUGGGCUACGGCUACCCGGCCGCCGUGCCCCAGGCCCUCUCGGCCGCGGCCCCCGCGGGCGCCACGUUCGUGCAGUACCAGCCUCCGCAGCUGCAGCCCGACAGGAUGCAGUGAGGGCCGUUCCCGCCCCUGGCGUCACGGCCCCGUCGGCCACACGCCGGGCAAGCGGCCGGCCGGGCUUCGGGGUGCGCGCCCGCACACGUACCUCCGGAGACCCCGCGGGAGCCCCGCCUGACCCCGGAUGGGCCGGAGACCGCUUCUCUUGAAAUCCAGGACCCGCCGCGUCUUGAGGGAGGACUUCGGGGAAAAGGGACGGCCGAGCGCUCUUCGAAGACACAACCCAGACCUCGCACACACCGCCAGCCUUCCGCCUUCCCCUUCUCCUGCCCCUCCCCGCACCCCAGGCGCCCACGGCCCUGUCCCCACCGCACCUGGCCGGGGCCCUCCCCCCACCUC